GAUGCCACCUGACAUAUGCAAAAUGGCUUCCUCCAUAAGUCCAGGUCGAAAAUUUUGCCUGUUGGUUCAUUUGACAAUUUUUUCAUGGUAUUUAUUCACGUUGUGGACCAACUGCUCUCUGCAAACUGCAGACAGACAUCCCGGUGUGCGAUCGUAUGGAGGUCGCUGGAAAUAUUUAACGUUUAUUAAUCUGGUCAUGCAGACUGUGUUAUUUGGAUUAUGCGUCCUAGUGGAUGUAAUUCACUUCCUCCUGCCUGUGACACAGACUCGCAGUGGAGUUCCUGUAAUCUUCACCACAGCCAGAGACUUUUACUUUACUGUUCUGUGUUUCCCUGUUGGCACCUUUGUGUUUGCUUCUUUCUGGACACUCUAUACUUACAACCGAGAGCUGGUCUAUCCCAAAUUCUUAGAUGAUAUCAUUCCCGUCUGGCUGAAUCAUGCAAUGCACACAGUAAUCAUGCCUCUGCUUCUGGUCCAGAUUUACCUUCAGAAUCACAAAUACCCCACUCGUACGAAAGCAAUUGGAGCUUUAGGUUUAUUUGCCAUCCUUUAUUUGUCAUGGGUAUUGUGGGUGCACCACGCGUCAGGCAUUUGGGUGUAUCCCAUCAUGGCUCACCUAAGUCCUUCGGGUUUGUGCCUUUUCCUUGGAGGUGCAUCCCUCACCAUGGCUCCUCUUUAUCUGUUAGGAGAGGAGAUCAGCCGUAUGAUCUGGAGCACAACAGGGGAUCAUCAGAAGAAGAAAAAGAAGAUGCAGUAGGAAGGAAUACUGCAUUCCACUAUUGCCAGUGCAAGCUGUGCAAAACAGGAAAACAUAGGGAAAGAUGUAUUUUAUAAAAAGUUAUUUGAAUGGCACCAAAUAAAGGGUACUAAAUGUGAUGCAAUAUUUUUUACAAAAAAUAUUACAUUUUAAAUGUUCCAUAUAACUAGUGUUUUUUAUUAUUAUUUCCGUUUCUGUAAUAUCCAAUAAUGCUGAGUAAUUCAAUAGUUAAUGGCCAGUUAGUGAGCCUUUUUUCAAUUUUCUCAGAUUUUUCAUAAUAUGACUUCUAUGAAUAUGUGUGACAAUAGGAAAGACUGUUUGUUUCUGUGAGGAAAGUCCCCAAUAUUAAAUAAGAAUUCAUAUACUGUAAUUAUUUUUAUUUGAAGGGGUUCUGUGAGCGGUUUUAUUUGUUGAUUGAAUUCAUUGGUGAAUGUUCACAUUUUAGGGAUACUUGAAUGACGGAGUUUAACCUGUGUGACCUCGAAUAAUCUUGCAUAUGAAGCCCUUAAUGUGAUUUUCUGGCUUUGCUAAGAAUUUGAUGGUGGAGGCAUUUGAGUUCAUUGGAGAGAUCAGUAUAUCAUACACUAACAAAUGCUUGGUCAAAUAUGCAAUAGAAUUUUCUAGGAGGUUAUUUCACAAGGAAUUUGUUGUUUUUAUAUUUAAAUAGUUACUGUAAAUUUCUCCAUAUUUAACGCAAUCACAAUUUUUUUUUCUUUCUAGUGUAACAGUAGCCUAAUCUCUGUCCUCAGUACUGUAUAACACAAAUUAAAUUUAAUUCCAGAGAUGUUCUUUGCAUUCAUUAUAACAGUAUUCCUAUUUGAGCCCUUUUAGUCCAAUUAUAUAGAUUCUGCAAAUGUUUUAUUAAAAUAUUGAUUUUCUUGUUUCCUCUAAAAUGUAUUACCUUUAAAAGCCUAAUUUGUUUGAUCACCUGACAACUUUUCAAAUGGCAGUAAUAAUAAAAUAAAAUUGCUGAAAUACUGGUUCACUGCGA